GACAGCUGUUCUUUAUUGUGAUAGCAAUCCAAAUAGGGAGAAAAAACAUUUAAUUCGCUGCUGGAAACUAAAAUUAAACCCUUUGACAAGUAGUUUUAAUUAUUAUUUUCAAAUUUCAUUUAUAGUUUAAUGCUUAUAGUUUCCUGAUUUCGUACUACCCCGUUAGAAUGUCCCUGCAAACGGGCUUGGCUUUCAUUUUCACCAUAUUAGCCUCUGUUAGUAUCGUCGCAGCAAUUAUUUUGUUGGGCUGGUUCCUCAUCUGGAAGGCGUUUCUAUCGAAAUUUCGUCUGGUUCGAGAGCUGUUGGGUCAGGAGGAGCCGGAGGAUCAGCAACCACUUGCUUGGGAUCAUCAGAAUCAACAGCCACACCACCACGGCAGAGCCAGGAAAGCUCGCCGAGACUAGGAAGCACAUCUACACAGCCUCACCAUGAACAUCCGCUGCGCAAAACCGGAAGACCUAAUGACCAUGCAGCACUGCAAUCUGCUGUGUCUACCCGAAAACUACCAGAUGAAGUACUACUUUUACCACGGACUAACCUGGCCUCAGCUUAGCUACGUGGCCGUUGACGACAAGGGCGCCAUUGUGGGCUAUGUCCUGGCCAAGAUGGAGGAGCCGGAGCCCAAUGAGGAGAGCCGCCAUGGGCACAUCACCUCGCUAGCGGUCAAGCGUUCCUAUCGGCGAUUGGGCCUGGCCCAGAAGCUCAUGAAUCAGGCCUCCCAGGCCAUGGUCGAGUGCUUCAAUGCCCAGUACGUGUCCCUGCACGUGAGGAAGAGCAAUCGGGCUGCCCUGAACCUCUACACCAACGCCCUCAAGUUCAAGAUCAUCGAGGUGGAGCCCAAGUACUAUGCCGAUGGCGAGGAUGCAUAUGCCAUGCGACGCGACCUCAGCGAGUUUGCCGAUGAGGAUCAGGCCAAGGCUGCGAAGCAGUCAGGCGAGGAGGAGGAGAAGGCGGUCCACAGAUCCGGCGGACAUGGCCACUCGCACAACCACAGCGGUCACGAUGGCCAUUGUUGCUGAACACUUUCGCUGCCGGCGCUUGCUGGCUUCGACGUUUUUUGCAUUUUUGUGCAUUAGGGUUUUGUAAUUAUUUAACAAUAAAAAACGUAACUAAAAUUAAAACAAAAGUAAUGACAAAAAGAUAAUGUUUUUAACAAUAAAGGGUUUGAAGGCCAUU